GUUAUGAUAGAGGUAGCAUAUGGUGGAUGACAUUAAUUUUUGAAGAAAGACGUUCUUAGUGCAAAAGGGAGGAAGGACACUCGAUUGACGGGAUUGACGUGAACGUUUAGCAGAGGUGCAUUAAUAAGGUGCAAUCGAGGAGGGACUCUUUGUUUUCGCGGAAGUAACACGUCUUCUUAGCCCCAACAUCUCUCUAGAAGCUGCUCGUGUUGGCACAGGUUUGAGAUCAAAGGGGACUUGGAGGGUGUUCUUCAGCAGAAGCUGUGUUCCUCUAGUUGCUCCACUAUGGCGGGUCCGCUUCACGAUCUGAAAGCAGUGAUUGGUACAUUCUCCACAGAGUAUGGCAAAACUCCGUUGCGGCUCAAGCUCAUUGACCUUUAUAUCUUGUAUGCCCUGUCGACAGCCCUUAUUCAGUUUGUCUACCUUGGUCUCGUGGGCUCUUUCCCCUUCAACUCCUUCCUGGCCGGGUUCCUGUCCAGCAUCGGGACUGCAGUUUUGGCAGUUUGCUUGAGGAUGCAAGUCAACAAGGACAACAAGGAGUUCAAGGAUGUGCCCCCGGAAAGAGCUUUUGCAGAUUGGGUUGUGGCGAACAUCGUCCUACAUCUUGUCGUUGUGAACUACAUAGGGUAGACUUAACCCCACUUUUAAAUGAAACGGCUGCGCUCCCGGAUAACAAGGAGUCACCGUCAAGUUCCGCCUAGUCAGAGCUCGAUUGGUCGAGCUUGUUGCUUUCAAGGAUCUGUGAUGGAUCUCGAAUGCAUCAAAUUCCUUCUGGAAUUGACAGAAUACAUCGUCUGCCUUGAGUUUGUCCAAGGCCAUCAGCGCCUUGAAUAGUAGCGGGAGUUCUCAGUGAUUUAACUCCUGGUUGACAUGAUCAUCCAACCUUCAAUCGAUAGACGUCUCGUUUCAAGAACACUUACGAGUGCGCCUGCUAUAUGCUCGGACUGCCU